AUGGAUUUCAAUGGAAGUAUGACGCGUUUGAGCAUGGUUUGCGGAGAAUUGUUGGCUCGAAUGAAUAGUCAAGUUUGUAUAAUUGAUGCUUUUUUUGUCAGCACCGUUGUUGAGCAGUUAUUUUGUGAUCCACAGAUAGAUCUUCUAGCCGUUUUUCCAACUUCCUCGACAGAAUACGACGAGUAUAACCAAGUUUUGGGACUUGUUGGAGUGAAAUCCAGUGUUUUUAAGAUAAUUCUCGAAUUGGAUAAUGAAAUAUUCGAUUAUUUCAUCUCAUCAUUUUGUUCGCAUGUUGAAAGAAGUCGAUGCUUAAUACCAGUGGAAGAAAUCAAGAAAAGUGUUUAUAUGGCGUUGUUGGCAAGUUAUAUUUUAGUGUUAAUGCCAGUUGAUGAUGAAUCGACUUUGAUGGCUCGUGAACUUCAUGCAGUUGAUACGAAUAAUUCACUGCUAUCGCCGCUGAACAUUUUUCGUGAGGAAGCGUUAAGGCGAUAUGCGCUUUCCCCUUCAAAUCAUUCAUUACGUGUUCUUCGUUCAGUUUCAAGAUCGUUAUCUCCACAUUUUUUAUCAUUCAUAUGCGUUCUUAUACGAUCAUAUUCUUCGCUUUCUGCAUGGCCAACGAUACACAGAUUAAAUAUUUUGAGUUUCGUCUUAAAAGAGGUUCAUUCUUUCAUCAUGGCCGAAACAGAAAAUUUGAACUUGACACAGAUGCGCUCACAACUUCAGUGUAACGCACCCUUUGCCGAUUCUUUGUUUAAUUUUUUUCAAGUUCUUCUCGAAAAAUGGCCGGCUAAUGACUCUUUCGAAAAGCUUUUCGAUGUUUGGAUUACAUGGAUAAGGCCUUGGUGUUAUUCAUGUGGUCGAGAUGGUCAAAAUGUUAACGAUAUUCAUCACUUUUUACCUUUUAUAAUGGCAAAUCAACGUUUUUAUACUGAUUUAACUGGUAUUUUUUGGCGACGUGAUUUUGUUCUUAAACAAUUAACGGAUGUUGUAUGUAUCACCAAAUAUAUUUGCAUUCUUACAUCUGCUGAGUUGCUACAGAUUUAUGAAAUGUUGGAUUACAAUAUUGAAGAAGCCUUGCUGACUUUCGUUAAAACGUUAAUGAUUUGUAAAAGAAACCUUGAACAAACGAUAAUUGAAAAAGAAAAGUCGCUUUCUUCGUUAAAUUGGCUACAGCGAUAUUAUAUUGCUGAAGAGGAAGAGGCGUUUAUUGUUGAAAAGAAGAGAACGUUAGCAGAGAUAAACUCACUUUUAUUAAAGUUUAAAAAUUCAUAUGGAGAAUCGUCUGGAAUUACUAUUGAAAAUAUGGCUGAAUUUUUAUCAAUGAAUAAAAAUUCUAAUGAAGAUGAAAAUAUAACUUACUGUGAUAAUUACUCUGCAAAUGAAUCGAUUGAAAAAUGUUCGAAAUUGCUAAAAAAGCACCAGUAUUUUCACCAAAUUUUUAAUUUUUUUACUUUUAUAAAUUUCAUUUUAUUUACAAGUAAAUUUCUUGUGUUCCAGGUUCUGCAACGAGAUAAUCGUUUCAGUUCUUCAGUCGUAUCGCAAUCGAUUCCAUCAAUUUUAGAACCUCUGCGUUCUGAUGAAGUUUGGUGGUUGGCAAGGCGCCUCUUCAUCAUAUCAUGCUUUCUAAAUGAAACAAAAUUGAUACGUUUAUUAUCUCGUUCAUAUCAUGAUUCAAAUUCUCUUUUUGGAAUUAUUUCCAGGUUUUGUUUGUGUUGUGAAGCUUCACCAAAUGCCAUAAGAUUGUUGAAUUCGACUAUACGAACAAAUGAACCGUUUAUUAAUUUUCGUUAUUUUGCUAGAUAUAAAGUUAUUAUACCUGUUUGUUUAUUUUUCGUUCUAAUAUGGCUAUUGCCUUUCUCUUACUCAUUUAUUAUUUUUAAUCUAACGUUGAUAUAUAUGCAUUUUCUUUAG